AUGUUGUGUAUGACUAAAGGAAAGCACGAGAUAGCUCAAGAGCCUCAGGUUUUGAGAUUGGGAGAGGAGAGUUCGUGGAGGACGGUUGAAGACUGUCCUCCACACUACUCUUCAGAGUCUCUUCAUAUAUGUAUAGACGGGGUUCUAUACUACGGAGCUUGUUUUGGGACGGGUACUACUACUAGUGUCGUUGGUAAGGAACGUGGCGUUAUGAGCUUUGAUGUUCGGUCUGAGAAGCUUGAUGUUAUCAGAGUACCGCAAGGAAGAGCGAGAAAGUUUACGAGUAUGACUAGAUACAAUGGUAAGCUUGCUCUUAUCUACACUGUGUAUGGUAAAAUCGGAUCGUGGGUUUUGGAGGAUGCUGUUAAACAUGAAUGGUCCUCUACGUUUUUCGAUUUGCCGAGAUUGUCUGGAUAUAAUACAAAGUUUCAAGUGUUUUGUGCCAUUGAUGAUGGUGAUGAUGCAGGGGAGUUUGUUUUGGCACCAAAGGAAUUGCAGGAAUCGACUUUCUAUGUUUUGUAUUAUAUAUGA